ACCCCAAGAUCAACCUUCAAAUGGACUGUGAAUCCCCACUCCUUUGUUUACAUUUCUAUUGUUCAAUAAUAAUACUCUGAAAAUUCAAAAUGUUUUUCAGUCGUAGAGAAGACAACUACCAGGACGUGCUGACCGACAUUGAGGAGGUAAUCGAGGCAGCCCAGGGCCUGAGGGAGGUCACCAAGACCCUCAAGGAAGCCACGGCCGGGACUGGCAGGACAACACUCCUGUGCCUCCAAGAGGGAGAGGUCAAUGCCCUGAGGACAGUCUUCAGCUGCCUUGUGUGCACAGGUCCUGUGGAAAAAGCCGUGUUUGCAUCUUGCUGCAGGAGCAUCUUAGGAUGCAGGGAGUGCAUCAACAGGUGGGACCAAGGGCACGAUUACUGUCCAAAAUGCAGGUCCCCUGUGGACAGCAGGGUAAUUACUGAGGUGGCGGGUUUUGAUGAGGCCAUGGCCGUGCUGUCAAAGCUUUUUUAAAAAAUAAUAAAACAAUAUUGAUUUCA